CGGUGCCAAAUACUCAACACCGACCGACUCGAGAGCGUCGGGAGCGAGCCAUGGCGUCGACACCACAACAGCAGAUCGAUCCUGCACUGUCGGGUCCCUCCACCAACUCGCCGUCCAACGUUGCACCACCGCCUCCGCUGCGAUACGAACACCCUCCACCACCGCUUCCGCCGCAGCCAUUCGCGCAACAUCCGCCCAAUUCCAACGUCGGCCAGUAUCCAGCGCCGAACACGUCGAACCCGUACUACAGCAGCUAUCCCCCGCCGCAGCCUCCGACGCCGCACCAAGCGAGCACCGCCGCCCCCAGCGUCGCCAGCGCGAGCAAUCAGGCGAGUCCCCAGGCCGCGACGCCGCAGUAUCAGCAACUCGUGCAGGACAGCAUCGACAACAGCCAGCUCGACGACCCCAACGAUGCCGCGCACCCAGACGAUCCGAAGCGCCCGCGCGCCUGUGAGGCGUGUCGCGGGCUGAAGGUGCGAUGCGAUCAGGACCCCAAUCACCCCGAGCUGCCAUGUCGAAGAUGCGCCAAGGCAGGCCGACAAUGCAUCAUCACCGCGCCCAGUCGCAAGCGGCAGAAGAAGGCGGACAGCCGCGUGGCGGAGCUGGAGAAGAAGUUGGACCAUCUGACUGCAGUCCUGCAGCAGCAACAGCAGGGCGGCGCGGCUCCGUAUAGUCCGCAAUAUGGGCACGCUCCUACGGCCGACAUGCAAGGACGAGCUUAUGCCCAGGCUGCGCAGCAACUCCAGCAGUAUGGUCAGCCGCCAGAGCAGCCGCACGAUCAGUCACCGAUGCAGCCACCGGCCAAACGUAGACGGACGGACGACAAUGCUAUGCAGUCUUCCCACUUGCAAGCUCCAGCUUCGUCUGCAGAAUUCGAUGUACGGAGCCAUAGCGAGCAGGACCUGUCGAAUCGGCUGCGAGAGCACAAUCGCACCUUCGAUGCGGCCGCGGAAGCUACCAUGCCACCGUCGCACAACAGUCCGUCCCGAGAGUUCCUGAACAAGAUCGAUAGUCUCGUCAGUCCGCCUCUGGGUGUUCAAAUCUUCAAUCGCUACGUGGAAAAGCUCACUCCGCACAUGCCCGCAGUCGUAUUCCCUCCAGGAACACAAGCAGAGCAGAUCUGGAAGGAGAAGCCCAUCUUGUACGCGGCAAUAUUGUCUGCAGCUUCGUAUGGUAUCUUGCAUCCAGAAGCGUCCAAUGAGCUCGCUCACGAAGCGAUCAAGGAAAUCGCCAACCUUGUCGUUGUCAAUGGCGCCAAAUCAAUCGAGCUCAUUCAGGCAGUGCAGGUUCUUGCGCUGUGGUAUAAGCCUCCGGAGCAUACGCAGUCUACCAACUUCUACCAGAUCAUCCACAUGGCGGCUAUAAUGUGCAUCGACCUGGGUCUGUGUCGACGCCACACUCCGAUGAAGUCCAGACGAGGCCCAGGUGGUCCUCUACCUGAGUACACUCCUGGGCCACCUGCCUACCACUCCGUUCCGACGGACAGCCUCGAAGCUAGAAGAGCAUACCUGGGCUGUUACUACCUCUGCGCGAGUGCCGCAAUGGUGCUGCGUCGGCCCACGCUCGUGCACUGGACGAGGUACAUGGAAGAAUGUGUUGAAAUUUUGGAGACGAGCCCAGAAGCACUGCCGUCGGACAAGCUGUUCUGUGAGCACAUCAAAAUCCAGCACAUUUGCGAGAACGUCAGCGUACAGUUCUUAAUGGACGACAACGGCGCCAGCGUAAGCAUAACCGAUCCCAAGGUUUCGUACGCGUUGAAUGUCAUGGAGAACGAGAUCAAGGACUGGAGCUCGAAGAUCCCGCCGGAGCUGAAGAGCCACCCGCACUUGAAGCUUUUUGAGCACGUUGCAAACCUCUACCUCCACGAGAUCGCCCUCCAUUUCAAUCAUAAUGUGGAGGACUUUCGCAUGCCUUUCACAGAAGAGUCGCUCAAGUCUGUCAACAGCACGUCUGAGAAGCUAUCGCAGAACCAGAUCUCGGCGCUCGAGGCGUGCCGUCAUUCUGCUCACGGCAUACUUGAUUGUAUGUUGGCGUUUGAUGCGGAGACCGUCAAGACCAUGCCAACGCUCAUCUUUUUCGUGCGCACCACCUACGCAAUAGUGAUCCUGAUCAAGAUGCACGUUGCUGUCACGACACCCGGAAGCGAAAUCGCGAAAGUAAUGACAGCGGAGGACAUCGACGUCGACCGUCGACUUGAUGGCAUUAUCAGCAUAUACACCAAUGUCUCCACUGAGCAAGAUUUUCAACCUCAUCCCAAGGUUGUCUUGAUCCUCAAUGUGCUGCGAGAGUGGUUCACGAAGCACAAGGAGAACGUUGCCGCGCAGGCUCGAGGCGAGGCACCUCCAAACCCGAUGCAGCAGCAGCUGGGCAAUCACAACGGGCAGACUCCACUGCAUCUCCUUGCACAGACUGCGUCCGAUGUCAAGCAGGAGCAGACGAGUCAACAACCACCGAAUAAUGGCUGGCCCGUGAACGCGCCAUAUCCUAGCGAUUACUCGGGCCAGUCGCAAGCUCAGUAUCCCGUCCAGCAGCAGAAUGCGGGCAAUGGCUAUCCUGCCGGUAGCAUGGCAUCUUAUGGAGCAGGCAAUGGCAGCUCAGAUUUUGAUCCAGGAAAUCCUUGGCUCUGGGGCUCGAAUUUUCAACAGGCGAUGGAUUUGAGUCUUGCAGAUAUGACGGGGGUUACCGGUGGUGGUAUGGAUGGGCUGUUCUUCGGGACUGGUCUGGCGCCAUUUGACAUGGUUGGUGAGGCAGCGCAGAUGCAGUAGAGACGAGACGUAGUGGGAGUGCACUACAGAUCGAAUGAAGGCAUGCGCUGAAUGAGUCGCGUGGUGUGAUGAAUUUCGAUGCGAAAUGACGGCGCAAACGUAGACUGUCACGUCUCGAGCGUUCACGUUCUUCGCGUUGCUCGGUACUAGAGAAUAGACAGACAUUGAUAACACGGCAGCUCGCAUCAUGCCAAAUACAAGGCAGCGCGCA